GUUAAAUAACAACAAAAGAAACUAUAAUUUAAUAAAAACUUAAAAAAGUUGGAAAAAAGUACCAAAAUUUUCUUUUUUUAAAAAAAAAACUCUAAAAAAAGUUUGAAAUUUUAAAAAUUUUCUUAACACAAUAACAACUUCUAAAGCGGGGACAUUAAGCUGAAGAAAAAUUUUUAAGAAAACACUAAAGAAAACAGCUUAAAAAGCUUAAAGAAGAAAAGUACCAAAAAAGUACUUUUUUUUAAAAAAUCAUAAAAAUUUAAAAUUUUAAAGAAAACUAGUCAAAAUUCAUUAAAAAUUCAACUCUCAACAUGAUUUUCAAUAAAUAUUUAUUAAAAAUUUCCAAUGCUGUACAACAUAAAAAUAAUAAGGAAAAUUUAAAAAGUAGCAGUAGCAGCAGCAAUCAUAAAAAUCAACAAAACUCCUCACAAUCCAUAGAUAUACCACAUACAAAUAAUAACAACAACAAUAAUAAUACUGCUGCCAAUCGUAAUUUUGAAUAUGAAAGAGCUAUAGCCGCUUCCUAUAAACAACAACAACAUACAACACAACAUCAACAAAGUCAAAGAAAUCAACAUCACCAUCACCACACGACGACCUCCUCCUCUUCACACUUAAUACCGAAAAAGAAAAAACCCAAAAUAAAUGUUCAUAAUACGAAUAAUACAAAAACUCAUUUAACUACCGAUGAAUUGGCCAUUAUCAUUAAAGGAGGCUCUAAUAAUAAUAAAACUAAAAGACAUACAUUAAAGGAAACCUCAACCCAUAAUACACAGUAUUCGGCUACGCCUCCUUUAAGAGAAACUAAAAGUUCUUUAACACUAAACUUAUCCACAUCACCAUCAUCGGGUGUCUAUUCGAAUGCUGGCUCAUCAUUUAGUUCAAUACCAAAUUCUAUAACAUUACAGGCACCACCCUCAUCUUCAUCGCGUUCGUCUUCAUCGACAGAGUCUUUGAAUUCGUCCGAGAAUGGUGCUACUCCUUAUUCGUCAAAUGUCUCGACACCCACUUCAUUGCCGUUUGCUGGUAAUCCGGUUUGGCCGUUGUCGGGAGCUGCUACUUUGCAAAUAUCCUUUGAAUUAACUUUGCUGCACAUUAGAAUGUGGAUUUAUCCAUGGUUUCAUGGCAAUCUUUCUGGUAAAGAAGGUGAAAAAUUGUUAUUGGAGCGUGGUAAGAAUGGUUCAUUUCUGGUACGUGAAUCUCAAUCAAAACCAGGUGAUUUUGUUUUAUCCGUACGUACCGAUGAUAAAGUAACUAAUGUCAUGAUACGUUGGCAGGAUAAUAAAUACGAUGUUGGUGGUGGUGAACCCUUUAACACUUUGUCCGAAUUGAUCGAACAUUACAAACGUAAUCCCAUGGUUGAGACUUGUGGCACAGUGGUGCAUUUGCGGCAACCAUUCAAUGCCACACGCAUAACAGCGGCUGGCAUUAAUGCCAGAGUGGAGCAAUUGGUUAAGGGUGGUUUCUGGGAAGAAUUUGAAGCUUUACAACAAGACAGCCGUGAUAUAUUCUCUCGCAAUGAGGGCUACAAAAUGGAAAAUCGUAAUAAAAAUCGUUAUAGAAAUAUUUUACCCUAUGAUCACACCCGUGUUAAACUUAAUGAUGUGGAUCACACAUUAGCCGGCGCUGAGUACAUCAAUGCCAACUAUAUACGCUUACCCACCGAUGGUGAACAAAACAAUAUGAAUGCCUCACAAGAGAGUCUCAAUGCUAUGGUAUCCUCCUGUCCGGCCUGUACAGCGGCUCAAAUGCAAAAGAAUUGUCCCAAUUGUCAAAUACUUAAUAAGACCUGUGUACAGUGUGCGGUGAAAACGGCCACUUUACCUUAUAGUAAUUGCACCACCUGCAACAAGAAGAAUGAUAAUCUUAGCAAACAACAACAUCAGCAACAUAAACGCAGUGAAUCCUUAACCAAUUCCGCCUUAAUGAGCACUAGUAGUAAUGGUUGCUUAAGUCAACAACAGCAGCAGCAACCACCACCGCGUCCCGCCGCCCCUAGUUCGGCUACAGCCGCCUCACGUCCCCUUAAUAAAAAGAAUAGCAAUGACUUAACCGAAAGGGAAAUGUUUAAAACCUACAUAGCCACCCAGGGUUGUUUGGCCAAUACGAUAACUGACUUUUGGAAUAUGAUUUGGCAGGAAAAUACUCGGGUCAUUGUUAUGACUACCAAAGAAUAUGAGAGAGGCAAAAAUAAAUGUGCCAAAUAUUGGCCCGAUGAGGGACAGUGCAAACAAUUUGGACCCGCUAAAAUUCAAUGUAUCUCAGAGAAUUCAACUAAUGAUUAUACUUUAAGGGAAUUUCUCUUCUCGUGGCGUGAUCAGCCCGAGAGACGUAUAUUCCAUUAUCAUUUUCAAGUCUGGCCUGAUCAUGGAGUGCCAGCUGAUCCUGGUUGUGUUUUAAACUUUUUACAGGAUGUUAAUACUAAACAGGGACAAUUGACACAAGCGGGUGAGAAACCGGGUCCAAUUUGUGUCCACUGUUCCGCUGGCAUAGGUCGUACGGGUACCUUUAUUGUGAUUGAUAUGAUUUUAGAUCAAAUCGAUAGACAUGGUUUAGAUACUGAAAUUGAUAUACAACGCACAAUCCAAAUGGUACGUUCCCAACGUUCUGGCUUAGUACAAACGGAAGCACAAUAUAAAUUUGUUUAUUAUGCUGUCCAGCAUUAUAUACAAACACUUAUACAACGUAAACGGGCCGAAGAGCAAAGUUUACAAGUGGGAAGGGAAUAUACAAAUAUAAAAUAUACAGGCGAAAUUGGUAAUGAUACACAAAGAUCUCCUUUACCACCUAAUUUAAGUUUAGCUAGUAAACAACUACAACAACAGCAGCAGCAACAAUGUGCUAACCCAACAGCCACAAACUGCAGUAGUGGUAGCAGCAGCAGCAGUAGUAGUAAUAAUAUUAACAAUUGUAAUGACAACAUUAAUCAACAGCAACAACAAUCAACGAAAUCAACAUCAAUGUUUAAUAAAAUGCCAUUACCCUCACCAACAACAACACCAAGCAGUCGACAAAAAUUACAACAACAUGUCGCCUAUAUAACAAACAUUCAACAGCAACAACUACAAAAGCAACAGCAACUGUUAUAUAGCAAUGAUUUGUAUCAAAAUAGUAAUAGCAGCAGCAGCAAUACAACAACGCCAAAACACAACGAACAACAACAACAGCAGCAGCAGCAACAACAACAGACAGGUAAGCAGGUUUCCUCUACCUCUACUACCAACUCCUCUUCCUCCUCCACCACCAACACUACCACCACCAGGCCCGGUUUGUUCAAAUUGUUUACUCCCGUCAUUUUUCAGCCUACGAAAACAUUCCCAAAGACAUGAUGAGGCAUCAAAAUCCUCAUCAUCUUCAACAACAGCAACAUUAUGCGCCACCUCCUCCGACACCGCCACGUAAAACAUGACAAUUAAAAUUUUAAUUUUGUUAACAAAAAAAUGUUUUUUUUUAUAAUACCUCUUGUUUUGUUUUUGUUUCUGUAUAUGUCAAGCAUGGAAAACUGCAAUUCUGGAAUAGUACUAACUUGUAACAAAAAGAAAGAAUGUACUCUGUAUAAAGUACUAAAGAAAUUUUCCGCUAGACUACACUAAAGACUUGGUUUUAAA